AUGAAAACCUUUCCAAAAAACUACUCCAUCUUCAUAAACCCCGUGACAUUCAUUUCCUUAUUCACGGCCACAUUCUUCAUCCUUUUCUACUGCUUGUGGCAGCCCUUUCUCUUCGGCAACCGCGCCAAAAUCGAGCACGACGAAAAUAAAAUAGUUGUGAAAGAUGAGCUCCAAAUAGCCUUGGAGAAGGCCUCGACGGCGGAGGGCAAAACGGUAAUUAUCUCCGUGGUCAACUCGGCCUACGCGGAGCCGCAGGAAGACGUGGCCCCGGCCAUGAUGGAUCUAUUCCUGGAGGGGUUUUGGGCCGGGGAGGGGACUCGGCCGCUCGUGGGCCGUUUGCUGGUGGUGUCUGUGGACCGGGCGGCCCAUGAGAGGUGCCAGUUUCGUGGGCUGAACUGCUACCGGCUGGCGGCAGAUGACGUGGACGGAAGCGGCGGCGGUUUGGCCGGGGAGAAGGAGUUCAUGUCGAAUGGGUUUGUAGAGAUGAUGUGGAUGAGGACUCGUUUCCUUUUGGACGUGCUCAAGAGGGGAUUUAGCUUCAUAUUCACGGACACAGAUGUGUUAUGGCUAAGGGACCCUUUCACAUCAUUGAGCUCGAACGAAACCAUAGACCUACAAAUCAGCGUCGAUUUCGUCAAUCGUAACUCGUCCCUAAACCGAAUCCCCAUCAACACGGGCUUUUACUUCGUGAGAUCCAACGAGAAGACUGUGUCAUUAUUCCAAACGUGGUACGACAUGAGGAAAAACUCGACCGGCAUGAAAGAACAAGACGUGCUAGAAAAACUCAUGAUAGACGGGUUUCUCGAAAAACACGGCCUCAAAACGAGAUUUCUCGACCCUACGUACUUUAGCGGGUUCUGUGAGGACAGUCGAGAUGUCGAGCGAGUGGCGACCGUGCACGCCAACUGUUGCCGGAGCAUAAGUGCCAAGGUGGCAGAUUUGAAGGCGGUUUUGAAGACGUGGAAAAAGUUUCGGAGCGAUAAAAGUACGGGAAAUUGGAAUGGGAACUUUCAAUGGCCCAGUCAUACGUCGUGCAUAGAUUCGUGGAACGUGACGAAGAUGUAUAAUAGUGCACGAUCAGAGUAG